AUCACUAGGUCGAGGAGGAGCGAUCGGCUCGAACUCGGAGGGUUGUUGGGGGCAGCGAUUGCAGGCAGCAAGGGCGGAGGUGCGGCAGAGGAACGAGAAGCGGCUCCGAAUUCGAGUUCAUCCCCAACACUAGCUGUAUCCGCCUCUACUAUUUAACACUCGCACACGCCGAUUACAACGCCGCCUCUCUCGCUCCCUCCUUCCUUCCGUCUUUUCCCCUAGCUAGGGUUUCUGUUUGCCCUUCUCCCUCUCCCUCUCCCUCUUCUUGCGAUGGCGCGAUACCGGAGUCGGAGCAGAAGCUUCAGCCCGCGGCGCGACAGCCGGAGCCCCCCUCGUCGCAAGUACUACGACGACCUCCGCGACCGCCGCGGCGGAGGAGGUCGGGACUACAGGGACCGGCGCUCCUCCGCCCCCUCGGGCCUCCUCAUCCGCAACAUCGCCCUUGACGCCAGGCCAGAAGAUCUUCGCAUUCCAUUUGAGCGUUUUGGUCCUGUGAAGGAUGUCUACCUGCCAAAGAAUUACUAUACUGGGGAGCCCCGGGGUUUUGGAUUUGUCAAGUUUCGCUAUGCAGAAGAUGCUGCAGUGGCUAAGCAACAUAUGAACCAUCAGAUUUUAGGUGGACGUGAGAUCUCAAUUGUCUAUGCUGAAGAAAAUAGGAAAACUCCACAAGAAAUGCGUAUGACGACAAGGAUUAGUGAAAGAUACAUGGAAGGAAGAUACAGUAGGUGUUCUUUAUCCAGAUCUCCUAGACGUCAAUAUUGCUCAUAUUCACGUUCCCCCACUCCACCCAGACAUGAAUCAAGGGAUAAUGGCCGGAGCAGUAAGGAUAAUUAUUACUCUCCACCGAGAUCCAUCUCCCCGUCUCCACAGAAUGAUAGGGAUUAUAGGUCGCAUGAUAGGAGGGAUGAUGAUAGGGAAUACAGGUCCCAUGAUGAUGAAAGGGAUUACAGGUCGCAUCAUCAAUCUCCAAGUCCUGCAGGAAAUGGCCCGAGCCCAUCAAGGUCAUGAUCCUACAGCCCUCGGUGAGCGCUGGAGGAGGCAUUGCAGCUGCAUCUAGAGAUGGCAUUAUGAAGCCUGGUGAUACAUUAGAAAUAGGCAAAUCUGUAUGCAGAAGACAUGGAUAAUCCUGGAAUUUCAAGUUUUCCUUAACUUGAUGUUAUGAAUUCAGAUGUACCUCUACCCAAUAUCCAUUCCCGAAAGCAUGAACUUGGUACCUUGAAUCUUUAUCUUAUUUCCUUGCGAGCAAAUGUUGCAUUUCAGAUGAUGAUCAUGCCCUGUCUCGUGCUUCGUUCAACGCCCAAAUGGUUGUUACAUGUGGGAUAUUUUACUUUAGGGAAGUGCAAGUGAUGUCUCCGAGUUCUUUUA